UAGAGAGUUUUACGUUGUGGAAUUCGAAGAGGAGGAAAAUGCCAUAGAAGUAGUCCCAAGAAAUUGGCUAAUAGAUAAAACAACAUGCAUGUGGCCCAGUUUUUAAAAAAAAACUGAAGAAAUAAGGAAGGCUGUUGUAAAUAAAAAAGAAUUAGAAAAAACGCCAGCAAAAUUAUUUAAAAUUAAAAUAAAUUUUAAAACAAAUUCAUAUACAAAAGCUGUAGAAAAACUUAAGCAACUCGAAACAAAAUCAUCACUAUCUCAAAGUGACAGUGAUAUAAUGAAUUCAUCUAACAUUUCAAGAAAUAAACAAAGUUGGGUUGGGUCUGAUUCAGAUGAUUUAGAAAUUAUAUUGCCGGCAACUCCAUCAUUAAAUAAACUAAAAAGCAGCGCUAUUGGGCCUGUGACCACAAAUAAAAACUCAAGAAGUAAACAGAGUUACCACCAUUCUGAUGAUUUAAUAUCAAUAAUGCAGUCAACACCAUCAAUAAAUAAAUUAAAAAGCAGUGAUGUGCCUGUAACAACAAAUAAAAAUUGUCAAUGUUCAAAGGAGCUACCAAAAGUACUUGGUUUGCUACAAAAAUUGUCCUUAAACCAGGACAAAAUUUUGAGGGAAAUAACGGUAAUAAAUAGCAAUAUUGCCAUAUUAAACCCCACCGAAGCAGUUAUUGAUAUAGAAACAAAAAUAUCAACUUCAAAGGAGGAACUUGAACAUUUUAACACCAAAUUAGCCGAUGAAGAAUAUUUCGCGCAAAACGUCCGAAAGUUUAAAUUAAUUGGUGGAAAAGAUGUACAUGAUUCAACAAGAAGGUUCCUUUCAAAAAUCCUAACUAACUCUCUUGCUAUGAGAUACAAUUGGAGGGGAAGGCAUGACAAGUUUUCAUUUGAGGAACUUAAACAAAUUAUUUUACUUAUAGUGGCUAGUUUAAGGCAAAAUUCACUAACAAAUGAUGUAACCAUUGUUCAAGUGGAAAAUUCUAUUAAAAAUUGGUUGAGAUUGGCAGGUGAUAGGGAUGGUGGCAGAUCCCAAAGGAAGAAAUCUAAAUAAGUUUUUUUUAGUUUAGUUUGAUUAGUUUAAAAAUGCCUGUUAAUUUUUUACACAUUUAUUUAAACGUUUGUAUAUUACAAGUUUUUGUGUAUUUUUUGGAAAUUUAGUUUUUUCUUAUUAGUGAAAAUGAAAAAAAUCAACUGUUUUGUCUAGCUACCUGGUAUACAAACACUCAAAUAAAUGUAUGGCACAUUUUUACAUUUAAUAUAUGUGAAAUCGUCGACAUACUUUAAAGUCUGAUUUUUACUAUUUGUGAGGUUUUGAUAUAAAUGAAUUUUAAAAUUAUUAUUUAACAUCCCAUAAAGCCUCUCAAGUCUCAAAUCCAUUAUUUAGAUUCCGCU